UGAGAGUCCUUCCAUCUCACCCAGUCCUCCUCAUUUCCCCAAUUUCAGUUUUCCUUCACUCUCUGCCCAUCCAUGGCUUCUCUUCGAUUCUCUUCCCUUCUUCUUCUGAGCUGCAUUUUCGUGUUCGCUUCUGCCAGAGAUUCUCCUUAUGCUCCUGCCCCAAAAGUCUCACUGGGUGUGUACUACCAGACCUUAUGCCCUCCCUGUUCCAGUUUCAUCCUCAACAAUCUUUCGAAGGCCCUCGAUAAUGGACUCAUUAAUAUUCUCGAUAUCAAGCUCGUUCCAUAUGGAAACGCCAAGUUACUAGGCAAUGACACUAUCAUCUGCCAGCAUGGCCCACAAGAGUGCUUUUUGAAUACUGUGGAAGCCUGUGCCAUUGAUGUCUGGCCUAAUCUGUAUGACUAUUUCACAUUCAUUUCCUGUGUUGAAGAACUGAGCCCAGAUGUCAAAUACAUAGUGUGGCAAUCCUGUUUUAGGAAAUUGAAUUUGGACCCAAAACCCAUCUUAGCUUGUUCUUAUGGUAGACGCGGGAAGGAGCUUGAACUUAAAUAUGCAAACAUGACUGGUUCUCUUAGACCUCCUCUUGAAUUUGUCCCUUGGGUAACAGUCAAUAAUCAGCCACUCUAUCAGGACUAUGAGAACUACACAAGGUAUGUGUGCCACGCUUACCAAGGCACAACUGUGCCCGGGAUUUGCAGGUCACUAACAGAUCAUAACACCCCAGGGAUACCAAGCGCGGCCCCUGGACCUGUCCCCCAUGAAGUUGUCUUUGGAAUACAGAGGCUCUAGAUGAUGUUAUAGAAGUCUAUACUCUGAUGUUAUCUAUUCUGUGUGCUUGACCCAUCAUGGGUCAUCCCAAAUAAAUAUGUAAUAAUUGGGAAAAAUAAAAAUAAAUGAAUUAUUUAUGGUUGA